UUUGAGAAAAUCUGUGGUGAAGCAGCGGCAAGAGGAACACAAGAAAGUGAGCUGGAGCUGAAAUUUAUGCUUGAUCUGAUGUAUGAGGCUCGAUGUGCUAGCUGGGCUCUACUGCUAUGCAUACUACGCCGUGAUUUAUCGUUUCUCAGUAAACGUUUUUCACGUAAAUAUAUGGAGCAGUGUGGACAGAAUACCAUUCGGGAGCUGCAGGAAGGAUUGGACCAAUUACAAAGUUGGGCAGCGAAUAGCUGUUCUGUUUUUCAGCUAUGCAUACUGCGCCGUGAUUUAUCAUUUCUCAGUAAACGUUUUUCACGUAAAUAUGUGGAGCAGUGCGGACAGAAUACCAUUCGGGAGCUGCAGGAAGGAUUGGACCAGUUACAAAGUUGGGCAGCAAAUAGCUGGUAA